AUGUCUGGCUAUAUUCCCUCCUUCUCUCAACCGCCUUCAAGGCCGGGGUCUCUGGCGGCAUCCAGGGCAAACUCCUACGCCGGAUCGAGGUUUGGCGCCUCGCGUCCCGGCUCCCCAUCACCAGGCAGUCCGUACGCGUCUCACCCGGGGUCACCGGGGCCCGGAAGCCCCCUGCCAUCAAGACCGGGCACUUCCAAAGGCCCAUCUCGCCAGGCAACUCUCAAUGGCAAAUCCAGGCCUAGCAGUCCUCCUCCGGAGGUAGAGACUGAGCAGACCACACCCGAUGUUAUGUCCGUGUUGGAACACGCGAACGAGAUGAUCCGGGACGAGAAGGGAAACCCCAAGAUUGGGCGUAUCGUCGGAGGAAAGUUUGUCGAUCCGUCCAACGAGCAGAUCGACGCCGACUGUGGGGCGAUCAAGACUGUCGACAUCGAUAUGCCGCUCACGUUGACCGAGCUUGUCAGCCACAACGACAAGGAGUACAUUGUCCUCGAGUACGCCACCGGUGACGAGCAGAACCCGUACAACUGGAAGCCCAUGUACAAGAGCUUCGUGACCGCCAUGCUGUGCCUCAUGACCCUCUUCAUCGGCCUCGCCACGACGGCGUACAGCUCCGGGAUCGGCAGCAUGGUCAAGGACCUGAACAGCUCACAAGAGGUCGGCCAGAUCGGCCUGUUCACCUUCAACUUCGCCUGCGCCCUCGCCCCCAUGGUCCUGGCGCCGUUCUGUGAGCUCGUCGGCAGGAAGAUCGUCUACGCCGGCGCGUUCCUCUGCUUCACCCUGCUCUUCAUCGGCCUGGCUCUCGCGAAGGACAUCGGCACCAUGAUCGGACUCCGGCUCCUGCUCGGUCUCUUUGGCUGCGUCGGCACCAUCCUGGUCGGAGGUACCUUUGACGACAUGUACCUCCCCCACGAGCGCUCCCGCCCCAUGGCGCUGUUCUCAUGGAUCGCCAUCCUCGGCACCGUCGCGGCUCCCAUCUACGCCGGCUUCAUCGACCAGGCCAUCGGGUGGCGCUGGAUCGAGGGCAUCCAGGGCCUGGCCAACGUGCCCCUCCUGAUUUGCAUCUUCCUCUUCUUUCCCGAGACCCGAGGCGGUGUCGAGCUGCACAGGCGAGCCGCCGCCCUGCGCAAGGCCACCGGAGACGAGCGCUACGUCGCCGAGGGCGACAUCUACACGCCCGACAUCAAGUCCAUGCUCAAGGCCUCGUCCGUCAAGGCCAUCCACAUGCUCGUCACCGAGCCCGUGGUCUUCUCCUUCGGCCUCUGGAUCGCCUUCUGCUGGGGCGUGACCUUCAUGUUCCUCUCGGUCAUCCCCAUCACCUUCACCGAGAAGCGCGGCUGGUCCGAGGGCGUCAGCGGCCUCCCCUACAUCAGCCUGGCCAUCGGCUGCACCCUGGCCUGGAUGGCCCACCACCUCCAGAUGCGCAAGUACGACCGCCUCACCGCCGACCCCAGCGUCACCGUCACCCCGGAGGCCCGCCUCUACGGCGCCAUGUACGGCGCCAUCUGGCUGCCCGUCGGCCUCUUCAUCUACAGCUUCACCCAGUACGCCUACCUCUCGUGGGUCGGCCCGGCCAUCGGCCUCGCCCCCAUCGCCUUCGGCAUCUACUUCGUCUUCGAGUCCACCUACAGCUACACGGCCGACUGCUACGGCCCCAGCGCCUCGUCCGCCAUCGCCGGCCAGGGUCUCAUGCGGAAUACCCUGGGCGCGGUGACCCCGCUGUUCUCGACCCAGUUCUUCCACAACGUGGGCUCGCAGUAUGCCGGCCUGAUCCUGGCCCUGAUCGCCACGGGACUGAGUCUCAUCCCGUUCGUCAUGUACAAGUUCGGGCCCACGCUCAGAGCUAGGAGUAAGCUGGCGCUGGUCUAA